AUGUCGACAAAGCAAAAUGUUGAACUUGAAGAUGUCUGGGCGCACGUUGCAACUGGUAUCAAAAUGGUUUUUGAUUAUGAAACGAUGCAACCUGAUAAAUGGAUGCAAUUGCACUCGCUCGUUUACGAUUACUGUACGAAUGUCAACAACUAUUCAGCCGGUUCUCGCCCUAAUCCAGUAGUUCAGCGAAAUAGUGAUGAUGGCGAAGGAGCAAAUGUUAUUGGGAAAAAACUAUACAUGAGAUUGAAACAGUCUUUAAGCGAUUAUUUGCAAAACUUAAGAAGAAAUGACUGUCAACGUCAAGAUGAAUAUACUGUACUCAGUCUUUAUUGUGAGAAUUGGAUUAAAUAUCAGUUUUGUAGUCGAGUGAUAAAUGGUAUUUUUUCAUAUAUAAACAGACAUUGGGUCGCACGAGAACUAAAAAACCAAUCGAAAGCUGAAAAACAAUCGAUUUAUGAAGUAUUUGAACUGGCACUGUUCGUAUGGAAACAUGUCUACUUUGAACCAGUGAAUACUCAAGUGACAAAUGCCUGUUUAAACCUGAUUCAGAGUGAACGAAACAAUGAAGUUAUUCCAAGUCGACUGAUUUCAAAUGCUAUUGCAAAUUAUGUUACACUUGGUUUCAAUGAAGCAUCACCAUUAUAUAUUUAUCAAACAUAUUUUGAAAAACAAUUUUUGAUGGCCACUGAACAUUAUUAUAAAAUAGAAUCUGCCACUUUUCUUAUGAGUAAUUCUGUUACUGAUUAUCUGUCAAAAGUCGAAACACGUUUAAACGAAGAAGAACGUCGAAUUACUUAUUUACAUCAAUCAUCAUUGGCUUCAUUAAUAAGAAUAUGUGAAAACGUUCUAAUCAAAGAUCAUCUCACAGAAAUAUAUGCUGAAGCAAAAUUAUUGUUAAACAAUGAUAAUAAUCAAGCAUUAGCCAAAUUGUUCAAAUUAAUCAGCCGUGUACCAAAUGCCACUACUGGACUUAAAUCAAUUACUGAGGAACACAUUCACUCGAAAGGCCUCGAAGCGAUGGAGGAUAUCAGUAUACAAACAGCUACCAAUAAUGAUGAUCCGAAACCAUAUGUUGAAAAAAUUCUUGAACAGCACAAAAAAUAUUUAACAUUGGUUGAAGAAUCAUUUGAUUCUGACCGAGGGUUUUUGACCGCAUUAGAUAGAGCAUGCAGUAAAUUUAUCAAUCAAAACGCAGUUACAGGCAUUAAUAUUAAAAAAACACCACAAUUGUUGGCUAGUUAUUGUCAUAUAUUAAUGAAAAAAGGAGAAAAAACAGCUGCUAACAAUGAAAUAGAAGAUGUUUUAAAUCAAAUAAUGAUUGUGUUCAACUAUAUUCAAGAUAAAGAUGUGUUUGAAAACUUUUAUGGUAAACUAUUAGCGAAACGUUUAGUUAGUAAAGUAUCAGCAUCGGAUGAACUUGAAGAAAAUAUGAUAUCCAAAUUAAAAAGCGUUUGUGGCUUUGAAUAUACAUCAAAAUUACAGCGAAUGUUUCAAGAUAUUACUGUGAGUAGAGAUUUGGUUGAACAAUAUCUAAAACAACGACAGCUAUCACUUGAUUUCUCUAUUAUCGUGCUCCGUACAAACGUAUGGCCAUUCACACCACCUCACACAUUCAUCGUGCCUAAUGAAGUGAGUUGA